AUGAUUCACGAUAACUCUGAAGAGGAGGGCCGACGCUACUGCCAGCUUCGCUCAGGAGACGCAAGCGCCGACCCACUGCCCCGCUUUCCCUACGAGCCUCUCGAACCCCGCUGCAUUCGCAUCCUCGAACUCCAGCCUGGUCAACGAUCCGACCCAUUCGUAGGCAAUUUCGUCAUCGCGAACGUUGACAGUGACUUCGCGUACGAUGCGCUGUCGUAUAUGUGGGGUGAUGCGACGCAGACCGAUCGGGUGGUUAUUGAUGGCGGCGCCAUACCGACCGCGUGGAAUCUGACCAGAGCAUUGGAAUAUCUGCGCGACUUCGCAGAGCUGAAGCCGCUGAGGAUAUGGAUCGAUGCGAUAUGCAUUAAUCAGGACAAUUUGGAGGAGCGAGCUGAACAGGUUGCGAUGAUGCGGACUGUCUAUCACAACGCUUCCUGUGUACGGAUUUGGAUCAAUGAACCAUCUCUCGACGAAAAUAGUACGGCUGUAGCAGCUCUCAAAAGCUUUAAACUUAUCCCGGAUGCGGAACAUCGUGGCCUGGGCGAUGAGUCGAGCUUAUGGGAUCCUCUGGUCCCGAUGUUUAAUAAUGGGUACUGGAAUCGUAUUUGGAUGUAA